UGGUGGGACAACCCAGGCGUCCUUGGAUUCAGCGAGGACCCUGCCAGCACGUCUGGGGGCGGGGCCUGAGCCAGUCUCUCCAACAGCCGGUUGUUGAGGCUCCUCGGCUGCUUGUCCUCCGCUCCAGCUCUCUGCUACCGGCCUGUGUCCAGCAUGCCUGGUCCGACCCCCAGUGGCACUAACGUGGGCUCCUCUGGCCGUUCUCCCAGCAAAGCAGUGGCCGCCCGGGCGGCGGGCUCUACGGUCCGGCAGAGGAAGAAUGCCAGCUGUGGAACAAGGAGCGCAGGCCGCACGACCUCAGCAGGCACUGGGGGAAUGUGGCGAUUCUACACAGAGGAUUCACCUGGGCUCAAAGUUGGCCCUGUUCCAGUAUUGGUUAUGAGUCUUCUGUUCAUCGCUUCUGUAUUUAUGUUGCACAUUUGGGGCAAGUACACUCGUUCAUAGAUUCAGCUACAUCCAUCUGUCUGUCAUCUGAAGAAGAAGGAAAAAACCCAACAUAUCUUGGACCAAAAGCAUAGUGAUUUUCUGUUCACGAGAAAGAAAUUUUCUGUAAGCUUACUGUUUUACAGGGAACUUAACAAGAAUUGAUUUUAAGGAAUCAGUUUUUUUUCUAUGGCUAAUAAACUUUUUAAUUCAUUUAUACCAAGUCUAAUUGCUGAUGCCUGACUGCUAGGGCCCUUAGUCUCCCUGCCUUUAGAUUUUCAAGUAAAUAUGUGGAAAACGUG